AUGGCGCAUGAGCAUGUAGCAGGUUAUCAAAAAUCUCAGGGGGAGCCAAAGUGUGCUUUUAAGAUUGAUAUUCAGAAAGCCUAUGAUACAAUUGACUGGCAGUAUCUUCUGGGGAUGCUAAAGGGGAUGGGAUUUCAUCCAGUUAUGCUUAAUUGGAUAAAGUCUCUAAUCACAUCGCCUACUUUCUCUAUAUGUGUUAAUGGACAGCCGGAGGGUUUUUUCAUGGGGAAUGCUACUUCAGUUGAAGUGAUAAAACGAGCUCUCCAAUUGUUUGAGGAACGUUCGGGUCUGUCUCCAAGUCUUGAAAAAAGUGAAGUGUUUUUCGGGAAUGUGGGGUUGGAUGUCCAGAAUAUCAUUCGCAACUGUCUUCCUUUUCGUCUGGGGGUUUUUCCUAUUCGCUACCUGGGAGUUCCUCUCUCUCCAGUUCAUUUGAAGACUUCUUUCUAUCACACUCUCCUUCCGUUCCAAUUUUUGUCCAGUCUUUUUAAUCCAAAUUUACACACAAUCCUAAUUGCUGCCUAUAUUGUACCCUACUGUACUGGACUUUUAUUGGCUUACCGUGUUUUGAAGAAGCUUGAGAUGGACGAGGAGUAUGAGGGAAAUCUUGAGGCGACUAGGGAAGAUUACUCUAUUGAGCCUGCAGACAGUAGAAGGCCUUUUAGGGCUCUUCUGGAUGUUGGUCUUAUCAGAACCACCACUGCAAAUCGUGUUUUUGGUGCUCUCAAGGGAGCUUUCGAUGGUGGACUUGACAUUCCGCACAGUGAAAAGUUUGUUGGAUUCAGCAAGGAUGGUAAGCAACUUGAUGCUAAUGUCCACCGCAGGUACAUUUAUGGCAGGCAUGUUGCUUCCUCCAUGAGGACUUUGAUGGAAGAUGAGCCGGAAAAGUAUCAGUCUCACUUUUCUGAAUACAUUAAAGCUGGAGUUGACUCGAAAAACAUUGAAGAGUUGUACAAGAAGGUGCAUUCAGCCAUUCGUGCUAAUCCAACCCCAAAGAAGUUGGAGAAACAGCCUCCAAUGGAGCACAACAGGUUCAACCUGAAGAAGCUAACAUAUGAUGAGAGGAAGCAGAAGCUUAUUGAGAGGUUGAAUGCUCUGAAUGCGGCAGUUGGUGAUGACAGUGAUGACGAUGAUGAUGCUACUUUUGAAUAG